UUUUAGAAAAGAUGUUGAGGCUAUAGCCCUGAGGUAGUUCUGGAGAGAGAAAGAAAAACAGUUAAAUUAGAAGAAGCUGAUGUAAGCAAAAUAAAUUAAAAAAAUUAUAAGGACAGUAGAAACAAAGUUUAAACCCAGAAUGCUUAAUCAUUCGUAGUGAGUUCCAGACGAUGGCUAUAAGGGAACUUAAAAUCUGUCUUCUCGGGGAGACAGGAGUCGGGAAGUCGAGUAUUGUGUGCCGUUUUGUUCAAGAUCAGUUUAAUCACAACAUAAGCCCAACGAUAGGGGCAUCAUUUCUAACCAAGACUGUUCCCUGUGGAAAUGAACUUCACAAAUUCCUCAUUUGGGACACAGCAGGCCAGGAGAGGUUUCACUCUUUAGCCCCAAUGUACUACAGAGGAUCUGCAGCUGCAGUUGUCGUGUAUGACAUCACCAAGCUGGAUUCUUUUCAGACACUGAAAAGGUGGGUGAAAGAGCUGAAAGAAUAUGGUCCAGAAGACAUUGUUGUGGCUAUAGCAGGGAACAAGACUGACUUGGGAGAUAUCAGGGAAGUCCCUAUGAAGGAAGCAAAGGAAUUUGCUGAGUCCAUUGCAGCCAUUUUCAUUGAAACCAGUGCAAAAAAUGCCAUAAAUGUGGAAGAACUUUUCAAGAAAAUCAGUCGAAAGAUUCCACCUUUAGACCCCCAAGACCUAGACAGCAAUGACUCCUUUAAGCUGAGCCGCCAGCCGUUUCCACUGAACCGCCGCUGCUGCUAGUGGGGAGUGUAACAGCGCAAACGCACAAUACGGAUUUUUAAAAUCGCAGGUAAAACGAGAUCAUACUGGACACACUAUGCAAACUUGCUGUUCAGGCCUUGCUGAGUCAGGCCUGACACAUCAUGUCAGGGUUGUAAUGUAUGUCGCCCUGUCUGGAUGUGGUUAUGGGGAGUACUUUAUAGUACUAAGCUUGCUAUUUUCUUGCUAGUUUGCUCAGAGAGUUGAAAGUACAAAAAAUACAGUUCGCCCAACCCAGGUCAUAUAGAGUCACAGUGUGUUAUGUUAUUUCCACUUAAAGUGUUUCUGGUUAUCUUGUUGGUAACUGGGUCUUACAGACAGUCAUUUACAAGGGUACAAAAUAUUGGCACCCUUGAUAAAUAUGCACAAAAAGGGCUGUAAUCUAAGAAAUAAUAGUUAUUGACAUAAGCUUUAUUUUCCAACAUGCAUUAAGUAGUGUGCUUUAAGUCUUACAAAAAAUAUAUUUCCCCAGAAAAUAAGUUCCGCAAUUAUUGGCACCCCUGGUUAAAUACUUUGUGCAAACAGUCCAAAGAUGACAGCCAUGAGUCUUUUCCUAUACUUUGUGAUACGGUUAGUGAACACAUUUGGAGGGAUUUUUGACCAUUCCUCCAUGCAGAGGUUUUCAGAAUCAUCGCCCCUCUUCAAUUCAGAUCACAUGCAGAACAUGGUUGUUGUUUUUACAUCACCAUCUCUGUGUGGAUCAUGAUGCUUGGAGUCAUUGCCCUGCUGGACAAUCUACCUAUGACCAAGACAUUUACCCUUGUUAAUGUUUAUUAUAUGCAGCCUUUUUUCUCCAUUUUUAUUUAGGGUGCCAAUAAUUCUAGAACCCACUGUAUAUCCUCCCCAGAAGGGUAACCAGACUAUCUAUUUUCAGUGUGUGUUUUUGCCUCUAUACUUCUAUUUUUAUUGCCUUUGGAUCUUGUUUCCUCUCUACUUCAUGUAAGAAAUGGCUGCUGAGAGAUAAUGAAAUGCAAUGAAUGAGUUUGCACUGGUUGUUGGGAUCUUACCAAGCCCAAUGCUGAGGGUGAUGUCUUCUGGAAGUUAUUAUGUGCUCAGUUAUCACAGGCAAUUGUCAUAGCACAUCAACCCCAGACUCGCCUCAAGAUCCAAACUUGAAUGUCAAUGUGCUAUCCCAACCUGCACAUGCUAACUUCAAAAAGACUCCUUCGAUAUUAUCAGCUUUAAAUCAGGGAUAAAACUGUACUGUGCAGUCGAGGCUUACGCAAGUAAGCUCACAUAUUCUAAGAACUGUCCUUACGACAGAUUAAAUUGAUCUCAAAGAUAGUAUGGAGUGCUCUCUGUGUUCUACAGGAAGGACUGAAUCAUCAAAAUGAUUUUAAAUACAAAAUUGUAUUUAAUUUACUGAUAAGGUAAAUUUACAUUGUUUAUACUCAAAAGGACAUUGUUAGCUCAUAUUAGUUUCUUUAACAUGCCACAAUGUUGCAUAAUCAAAUAUGAAGUAAUUCUGCAAAAUCAUGAAUUACUUGUGGUACAUUAUGGUCAAUGCUUUGAUUCAUCCCUCAUAUUGUCACUAACCAAUAUGAAUUGCUGUUGGGGUUAUAAAAAUGAAGGGUUGAAUUGACCUUGUUUAUAUUAGCACUGUUACUUAAAGUAUUAAAAGUUUUAGGAACUUAGGUACCAUUUUCUAUAACCUGCUCUGAUGUGUUAAGUAGAGUUUUGCACUGGCACUAGUUGGUGUGGUUUAGCCUGUCUUCUGCCCCAACAAAAGGUGAAGUACAAUGGAACAUUUUCUUACAUGUAUUGAAUGGGUACUCGGUAUCAGUUUCAGAAUUAUAGGAGGGCUGAAAGGGUAGAGUACUGCAGUGUGUGAAGGUUUCAAACGGGAGCAGUUUAAAUGCCCUGGAUUACCUAUGAGAGUCUUUCAGUUUACAAAUACAUAAAAGGGUGGGGUGUUAUCAUAUUCAACCAACUCAGUUGUCAGGAAGAUGAAGCCUGGAAAUAUGGUUUGUAAUCUCACUAUGAAUUUAAUGUAGAAAUUAAUUGUUGAACUUUUGUUAUUUUUUAUAUCCGGUGCAGAAUUUUCAAUUCUAUAAUGACUUUGUGAAUGCUUUUCUUUUUCUUAUAAUCAAUAGUGUAAUCAAUUGUGGACUGGAUCUGACCCAUCUUGGGCAUCCCCAUUCAUUCACAAACUAUAUGGAGCAUGCAAGUGCCAUGCAUAUUUACCCACAUGUACAGAAUAUGACUGAUAUUGAACAGACAAGUACACACAAGGGAUAUAUUCACUCUAAUCUGUCUUUGCUGUUGUCUUAGCAACCAUUUCCAAUUUAAUACAUUUUGAUAAAGGAGAAUGGAACCACUUAAACAUGAGUACAAUCUCUGUUUACUGAGGUUUAGUUAUGAUAAAAGAAAAAACAUUAAACUAUCAAUUGCAUCUAUAUAUUUGAUAUGAUGACAUGUUGGGCAAAAUAUCAAAUUUAAGGCUGGUAAAUUGAGCUAGAAAUGUGUUGCAUUUUAGAUGUACCCCAUACCUCCAUUAACAUACAUUGGUUGAACUGGUCACAUGACAUUACUGUCCAAAAAUGACUUUGAUGGUGACGGCGCAAAGACAGUACUAUGAAUACAGAUAGCAUUGUACUAGAUAGUGCUGUAACACAUAUACUAGCUAAUUCAACACUUUAAUGUACCCUUGUCAAUUUUACACAAAAGCUUAAUAUAAUCUUGGCUCAGUAUUAGGAGAUAAUGAUACAGCAACAUUUCAGAUGAAAAUGAGACUGCCUACAUACAUGGGAUAAUUGUAUGGAUGGACACAAUGGUACUAAUUAAGUGGUUUAUUAUUUGAGAAUAUACAUUUUUUUCACCUACAUGUCAAUCAAAUGAAGUUAAUGUGCAUAUGUCUUUUGUCAUAUGUCUGUACUGUCACUAAUGACCUAUGUGUAGUUUGGGCUGACAAUGUUAUAUCAGUUAAUGUGGUAUUAAACAUAUUAUUUCUAUAUAGUAGUGUGUACCUUUGUUAAUUAUGUGUUGUCAAAUAGAUUGGUGCAACUAUAAUGUAUAUUUAACAGGUUAAAAGUAAUUUUAAGGUAACUGCAUAUUACAUUUUAUUUAAUGUAGGGGUCUUUUGGUGUAAUUUUGGUGUACUUUUUGCUCCAGUGAUAAGGAGAAUCUAUGAUAUAACAUGGGGCUUGCAAAUACCUUAUUAUUGAGUUCAUAACCUGGCUCAUUUACCAGUCAGUCUGAAACUCUGAAGUUUGCAUUUCUGAAGUUCUAUCGCUUUUUUAAAUAUAGUUUAUAUAAAAAUGAGAGGAUAUAACAAUCAUAUUAUAUGACUACAAAUAUGAUGGUUUUCUGUUCUAUACUGCUACACCUUUGGGUAUUUUCCAAAGCUGGAAAAUAUUGUGAAGUAAAAUCAAAUCUGUACUACCAAUUUAAAAUAUAAACCACAAAUUGUAUCUUUGAAUAAAGCAAUACUCUGGCCCCA